AUGAUCGAUAUUGAUGCUGAAAAAAAUGGCUUUGGUUCUAAAGCAAAUAGCGAAGAACGAAAAGACACAAGAUUCACUAUGAAACCCUCAUUCGAUAAACAAUCACAUAUACGAUCACAAACUGACAUUUCAGAUGAUAAUCUUUUACAAAAUUCUCAAUUAAAUAACAAUAUCUAUACAUUUACAUUAAGUAACGAAGAAAAUGAAUUUCUACAAACUUUAACAUUUAAUAUUGAAACUACUCUAAAUGAACAUUUUCAACAUUUAUCACAAAUAUGUUUAAAUUAUCUAUUAGAUUUUCUUUAUACAUAUCAUUAUGAUCGUGAACGACGACAAUUUCUUUCACUAUUAACUAUCGGUUCAUUAUAUUCAUUUGCACUUGAAUUAAAAGGUUUAUUAGCUUCAUCUGAAGCUUAUCCUGCUGCAUAUAAUGGUCAAUUAGAUCUUGUUAAAAAAUUUAUUAAAGAAUAUCCAACAUUUAAAGAUAAACCAGGUUUAUGGGAAACAACAUUAUUAUAUUCAGCUGCACGAAAUAAUCAUUUAGAUAUUGUUAAAUACUUAAUUGAAGAAGCACGUUGUUCUGUUAAUGCUCAAAAUUUACAAGAACUUGAAAAAGCUUUAUUUACAACAAAAAAAGGUGGACAUUAUUCAGCUAAUCCAUCAGCUGCUUCGACAUUACUUAAAAGAUCUGGCAAUGUAGGAUCUUGA